AUGUCGGUCUUUUCCAGCAUAAAAUUCGCGACCCUUGGCCUUCUCGUAUCAUAUCUUUCUGGAGUAGUGAGAGGCCUGGAUGUGCCGCCAGCGGGCGGUUUAGGGAGUGGCUUAGCGGGCGGUGCAGGAGAUAAGCCUCUACCUGGAGUUGGUGGAAAUGGGGGCUUGGGAGAAACAGUUCAGGGCCUUGGUAUUGAUCAAAUUCUCAAUCUUGACCUGGAUAAUCAAAAAAAACUCGUUGGUGUAGGAGGCCAACAGGGUGAAGCAAAGAUCGACGUUCUGGCGGCAAAGCGUGCUAAAGAGAACAACAGUACAGCCGAGGAGGAGAAGCAAAAAAUCAAGGACAACCAAAAGAACGACAAGGAUACAAAGCGAAAGGCGGAAGAAGACCUAAUAGCAGGUCGCCUCAAUGCAUUUUAUGCAUAUGGUAUGCAGAGUGUCGGGCAAAACGUUCGUCCCAAAUGGGUGCUGGUCUUCGAGAAUGCGUUCACUGCCCAUGCAUAUUUCGGCCAGGUGAUGCAAGACUAUCAGGAGUAUUACAAAAAGAGCAGAGAGAACUCCAAAGAUCCACGUCCUCAUCCACAGAUCUUCAUUUUCCCUCAUGGUGUCGGGCCUGACGGGUUGGAGCGAGUCAAGAAAUACAAGGACUAUGCCAAUAAGUUGUUCUUUAACCCAGUUGAUGAGAAGACUAUGCAGCUGCCUGUUAUUCCGGUGCAGGACAAAUAUGGUUAUGUCUUGCACAGCACUGGUUAG